CGUAACGCAGCCUGCGGAACGGACCGUUUUCCUGAGUCGGUGCUUAUAAGUAAGCCGUGCAGAGCCGCCCUCAGAGAUUACCAUCUUAAUGAAUAAAUAUGAGUCACCUCAGGUCAGUUGCUGCUAAAUUAAAACCAUACUGUACUGGUUUGCUUGUGAAACACAACUCCAUCCUCAGGACAUUGCCCCCAAGAUGUUAUGUGUAUUCAUCAGGAGCCAAAGAACCUUUCUUAAGUGGAACCAAUUCCAGUUAUGUGGAAGAAAUGUAUUACGCAUGGCUGGAGAAUCCAAAAAGCGUCCAUAAGUCCUGGGAUGCAUUUUUCCGAAGUGCUGAUAAUGGAACCCCUCAGUGUGAAAUACAAGGUGUACCUUCUUUGGCUGAUAUAGAGAGUAAAUUGCCUUCCCUUUCUAGCCAAGGUUUGGCCACGGCACCAGCCAAAGCAGAGAAGAUAGUGGAAGAGCAUCUGGCUGUGCAAUCUUUGAUUAGAGCCUACCAGAUCCGUGGACAUCAUGUUGCACAGCUGGACCCACUAGGAAUCUUAGAUGCAGACUUAGACUCAUUUGUUCCUUCUGAUCUAAUCACAACACUUGAUAAACUAGGCUUUUAUGGGUUGCAUGAAGGAGAUCUGGACAAAGUUUUCCGCUUGCCAACAACCACAUAUAUUGGAGGAACCGAUUCUACCCUGUCUCUGCGAGAGAUUAUCAGAAGAUUGGAGAAUUCAUAUUGUCAACACAUUGGGCUGGAGUUUAUGUUUAUCAAUGAUGUAGAACAAUGCCAGUGGAUUCGACAAAAAUUUGAGACCCCUGGCAUUAUGAAGUUUACAAACGAAGAGAAGCGAACACUUCUAGCCAGGCUCAUACGGUCUACCAGGUUUGAAGACUUCCUAGCACGCAAGUGGUCAUCUGAGAAGAGAUUCGGGUUGGAAGGGUGUGAGGUCAUGAUUCCAGCAUUGAAGGCAAUCAUAGACAAGUCUAGUGAGAUGGGACUGGAAUAUGUCAUACUAGGGAUGCCUCACAGAGGCAGACUCAAUGUACUGGCAAAUGUGAUUCGAAAAGAUUUAGACCAGAUCUUCUGCCAGUUUGACCCUAAGCUGGAGGCUUCAGAUGAGGGAUCAGGGGAUGUGAAAUAUCACUUGGGAAUGUACCAUGAACGCAUCAAUCGUGCCACAAACAAGAAAAUUACCUUAUCUUUGGUUGCUAAUCCCUCCCAUCUGGAAGCUGUGGAUCCUGUGGUACAAGGUAAAACUAAAGCAGAACAGUUUUAUCGAGGAGACACUGAAGGAAAUAAGGUAAUGUCAAUACUGGUUCAUGGUGAUGCUGCCUUUGCUGGACAAGGUGUUGUAUAUGAAACAUUCCACCUCAGUGACCUUCCUUCAUACACCACCAACGGAACAAUCCAUAUUGUUGUCAAUAAUCAGAUUGGAUUUACCACGGAUCCUCGAAUGGCUCGGUCUUCUCCAUACCCCACAGAUGUGGCACGUGUGGUUAAUGCACCCAUAUUCCAUGUAAAUGCAGAUGACCCUGAAGCUGUAAUGUACGUGUGCAGUGUGGCUGCUGAGUGGAGGAAUACCUUUAAUAAAGAUGUAGUUGUGGAUUUGGUGUGUUACCGUCGUAGUGGGCACAAUGAAAUGGAUGAACCCAUGUUCACUCAGCCCUUGAUGUACAAACAGAUUCACAAGCAGGUGCCAGUCCUCAAAAAGUACGCAGACAAAAUGAUUGCCGAGGGCACAGUUUCUCUGCAAGAGUUUGAGGAAGAGAUUGCAAAGUAUGAUAGAAUUUGUGAAGAGGCCUAUGCGAGGUCCAAAGAUAAGAAAAUUCUCAACAUAAAGCACUGGUUGGACUCACCAUGGCCAGGAUUUUUCACUUUAGAUGGUGAACCAAAGAGUAUGACUUGUCCCCCAACUGGUAUUCCUGAAGACAUGCUUUCCCAUAUUGGUGCUAUAGCCAGUUCAGUGCCUUUGAAAGACUUUAAAAUUCACGGAGGACUCUCUAGGAUUUUGAAGAGCAGACUGGAAAUGACCAAUAGUCGUACAGUCGAUUGGGCACUGGCAGAAUACAUGACGUUUGGAUCUUUGCUGAAAGAAGGAAUCCAUGUUAGGCUUAGUGGCCAGGAUGUAGAAAGAGGAACGUUUAGUCAUCGUCAUCAUGUCCUGCACGAUCAGGAGGUGGACCGUUGGACUUGUGUUCCAAUGAAUCAUCUUUGGCCAAACCAAGCUCCAUACACGGUGUGCAACAGUUCCUUGUCUGAAUAUGGCGUACUUGGUUUUGAGCUUGGCUUUGCUAUGGCAAGCCCCAAUGCUUUAGUGCUUUGGGAAGCACAGUUUGGUGAUUUUUAUAAUACUGCCCAAUGCAUAAUUGACCAGUUUAUCAGCUCGGGACAAGCUAAGUGGGUUCGUCACAAUGGAAUUGUGCUACUGCUGCCGCAUGGAAUGGAAGGAAUGGGGCCUGAGCAUUCAUCAGCCAGACCUGAAAGGUUUCUGCAGAUGAGCAAUGACGACUCUGAUGCUUAUCCUGAAUUUACACAGGACUUUGACGUUUCCCAACUCUUUGACUGUAAUUGGAUUGUGGUGAACUGUUCAAACCCAGCCAGCUAUUUUCAUGUUCUCAGAAGACAAAUUCUGCUGCCCUUCCGUAAACCUCUAAUUAUUUUUACCCCCAAAUCAUUGCUGAGGCACCCAGAAGCAAAAUCUAGCUUUGAUGACAUGAAAACAGGUACCAAUUUCCAGCGUGUGAUUCCUGAAAAUGGUGCAGCUUCCCACAGUCCUCAGGAGGUUAAAAGGGUCAUUUUCUGCACUGGGAAAGUUUAUUAUGAGCUGGUUAAAGAGAGACACCGCAAAGGGUUGGAUAGCCAAGUAGCUAUCACCAGGCUGGAGCAGAUCUCCCCGUUCCCUUUUGAUUUGGUGAAGCAAGAAGCUGAGAAGUAUGCCACCUCAGAACUGGUUUGGUGCCAAGAAGAACACAAAAACAUGGGAUAUUAUGACUAUGUUAAAGCACGUUUUCUCACCAUCCUAAACCAUGCAAGGCCUGUUUGGUACGUUGGUCGGGACCCAGCAGCAGCUCCAGCCACUGGAAAUAAGAACACUCAUCAUGUAGAACUCAGGAGAUUUCUGGAUAUUGCCUUUGAUCUGGAAUAUUUUGAAGGAAAACCUUUCUGAUGCUAUACAUACUCUAGGAAAUGUAUCUUUAAGUGAUAUAAAGCAGUGCUAAUGAUCUGCAACCAGUAAUACAUAACUCUUCUCAAUAAAUCUUAACAUAAACUGAGGCUUUACAAUGAUUUCUGUCGUUUAUUUCCACGGUGUAGUACGGAACAAACAUGUUGUGCAGACAUCUUCAUAAAAGCAACUGUUUUUAAUAAAAAAAGUUGCUGAAUUUUUUUCAA